AUGGCGAAGGAAGCUGCCCCAAAGAGCGGCAUCGCCGCCGGCAUCAACAGCGGCCAUAAAACCACCCCCCGCGUUGCCAAGCCCCGUGUUUCCAGGACCAAGGGUCACUUGAGCAAGCGUACCGCCUUCGUCCGUGAGGUCGUCAAGGAGGUUGCUGGUCUCGCCCCCUACGAGCGCCGAGUUAUCGAAUUGCUCCGCAACAGCAGGGACAAGCGCGCCAGGAAGCUCGCGAAGAAGCGGCUCGGAACUUUCGGUCGUGCCAAGAAGAAGGUCGACGAGCUCCAGCGCGUCAUCGCCGAGUCCCGCCGCACCGGUCACUAA